AUUGAGUUCCUCACCGGAUUGAUUCCCCCAUUAACUCUUUUCACAAAAAUGUGUGUCUGCUAACAUUUUCCAGUGAAAACAUGAGUCGCUAAAAAGAAUCGUUUCUCGUGUGUUUUGUUAGGUCCAGUGUUUUAGUAAAACGCAAAAAUACCGGAAAUUCUUGUCUUGUUUGAAGACUUGAGCGGCAGCUUGACGACAAGGAAGUCUUCAGUGAGCUUCUUUCCACGAUUUAGCCACAACAAUAUAAAAAACCAAGACAAAACACUUUUACAUUUCGGCGACUUCCAAACGCAAAGAUGACACAAGAAAAUAUUUUCCUCUUCGUUCCUAAUCUGAUCGAUGUCAAGCAACAUUUCUCAUCAACGUAUUCCGACAACAAUAACAAAAAAAAGGUUACGCCCGCAUUGUACUGGCGCUGGUGUCCUUCCUCCUGAUGCCCUGCUGCCCGAUUCCCGCCUCUUUGUGCUAUAUGCUCAGUGGCCUGCUGGACGCCUUUGACGGCCAUGCCGCGCGGGCCCUCAACCAAUCGACACAGUUUGGCGCCAUGUUGGACAUGCUGACGGACCGCUGCGCCACCAUGUGCCUACUGGUCAACCUGGCACUACUCUACCCAUCCUACGCCUUCCUCUUCCAGCUCAGCAUGUGCUUGGACAUCGCCAGCCACUGGCUGCACCUGCACAGCUCGACAGUCAAGGGCUCGGCCAGUCACAAGAGCAUCGACCUGUCUGGAAACCCUCUGCUGCGCAUCUACUACACUAACAAGGUGGUUCUGUUCUUCAUGUGCAUGGGCAAUGAGCUCUUCUUCUGCCUGCUCUACAUUCUUCAUCACCUGCAAGAACCCAGUGCGCUAGUGUACUUCGCUCUUGUAGCGAGCGGCGUGGUGUGCGUGAUGAAGUCCUGCAUCAGUGCAGUGCACCUGGUGACAGCCUCUCAGAACAUGGUCGCCUUGGACGCUGCCCAGCGUGCCGCCGCCGCCGCUGGGAAGUCUCAGUGAGAGGGUCCACCGCAUGGUCAUCUUUUGCGAUUUGGGCCUUAUUUGACUAAAAUUUAGAUCAUGUGGACACAUUUGACAUCUCUUCACAGUGUUUUGUUUUUGUGGUCACAUGGAGGCAGCUGACCAAAACCAAUCUAACCAAACUUGGAUCUAUUUAGUGGUUUUAUAAGCAAACAACAACAAUGGAGCAACACAUGUAGACAGACGGUAUAAGAAUAUGCACAGGCAUAUAUUCUUUAUCCUCUGUGAAGACCAAACUCAACACAUCUUACUGAGUUCUGACCGUCUCAGUGUUUGUCUGUGUAUUAUACUACCUCCAGGUGGCCAUGACGCAUACUGUUGAAGGAGCGUCAUGAUGUCCACUGACUUAAAAAGAAAAAAUGUGACAAAACUAUUGGAUAGAUUAUUAUGUUUUAAACCUUAUCAUUACUGCCUGUUUUUAUGAAGUCAAAUAUUUUAGAGUGCUACUUUUCUUAUUUAUGGGGCAGGGUGCUUGAACGGAUUCAUUUGAGUCCAUUAUAUCUUUACUAUGUUUGGGGCUGCAUAGUUGCAGGUGCUUUCACGUGUGUUGUUUUUUUUUUUCCCCCUCACUCAACUUUUGAAUUUAGCCAAACUCGUCUCAAGUUCAAUUGAACAGGAGAAAUCUGCAAUCGCUUGCGUCUGAUCACGUGAAAAACGCACAUUUUCUCAUGCGGAGGUUUUUGUGGCACCAAGUAUUUUUUGUGUAAUGAAAUAUAAUCAACGUGUAGAAUUUGUUGUUAUUAUUAUUAUUAAACACUUGUUUGUUUACUGCUGUAAAUGCAUUUCGGAUAACUUGUAUUCCUGCCUUUUUUUUUUUUUUUGCUCCUGGGUGGUUCUAAAAAGUAUUAAAUAAAAGCGAGGACGCAGCAUUGA